AUGGACGUCCAACUCCUCCGUAGUACAGGGCCGGCCGGCACUUUUCACGAGUUCAGCGCCCUCCCACCCGAAAUCCAAGUCAUGAUAUGGGAAGAAUUUUACCUCGAACCUCGGUAUUUUGUUCCUUGGGCGCAUCGUUCCUGCAACCUGAUCGGAGCAGGAUUCAAAAUUACUGUGAACAUGUACGUCGCAUGUAGCUCAAGUCUUCAUUACCAAGGCAUCGAUACUCAGAUCAACCGAAUGUCCUACCACGUGGCCCGCCGUCUCCGCCGUCCUUUCCGGUUUCCGACGAUGUACUGGGAGGACAUGAGGGUGGAGCAAAGCGCCGGUGGUGUAGCUGACGCCCGCCUCAACUGGGACACGGAUAUCAUCUGUUUUAUCGGUCAUCACCCGGACAGUGAGCUGGGCCCGCACUGGUCGCACAACAUUCAGAACUUGGUCGUGGGCCGGAGCGGCGGUCAAACGGCGGAGACUGGGUGUUGGCUGGUGGCAGACUUGUCGCCUUUGGACAAACGGGCCAAGAUCGAGAGGAUCAGGAACAACCGAAUCCCGAGUGAUUUCUUCUACGAUUCGCCUGAAUUAACGAAGCAUUUGAGACAUUGGGCCUAUGUUCAGGUCCUGAAUCAGUCACCUCGUAUAUACCCCGAGUGGUGGGAGGAGUGGCACGGCCGGAGAGUGCCCCCAGGGGGCAAGACGCAGUAUUGGAAUGGAAACGACUGGUUCAGUCACAUCCACCGGGGUUCUCACGGACGAUAUAAAUAUACUGACAGCUCACAAGGGCGACAAGGCAGUCUCAUAGACGAAUGGUGUAUCUGGCCACAGUUUGCCCGACUCUCGCAAGAUGGCACCACGUCUGAGAUGAUGGAAGCGAGCCCACGCGUGUACGUCCUCUCAGAAGGAGAGCUCAGGGCUUAA